GCGAAAUGUAGAUAUAGAGUAAAAAAGUUUAAAAUUACAAAAUAGAGUAAAUUGAUAGAGUAUAUUUUGAGGUGACAUUUUAUUGUAGAGUUGAAUUAGAGGUAGAUCGAAAAUUUUGAAAUUAGGAUUUGAGGGAGGUAAGAGAGAUUUGGUUGAAGAAUAGUGUUGAUGGGCGAUAGAAGCAGCAGCUUAUCAUCAUCAUCAUCAUCAUCAUCAUCAUCAUCAUCAUGCUGCGCUAUAACAAAAAUAACACAGGACCAUCUCUUGGCAAUCUUACUUCUACUGCCGGUGGAUUCAGUUGUAUCAUUUGGGAUGACGUGCAAGAGGUACAGAUGUUUAGCAAGCUGUGAUUCACUGUGGGAGUCCAUUUGCCGACGAGAUUGGGGAGCUACAUCGGUGGAUGCACUCACUGUGUCGUCGUCUUCUUCAACAGAUAGUCAAAUGUCACUGUCAUGGAUGAAUCUCUACAAGCGGUUCUCCCUGCUUGACUCUGUUUCUUGCCAUCAAUUGAGUUGCCCAGAUGCCAAUUCUUUGCUUCCAGUCGCUAGAGCUUCUCACUCUCUCAACUUUCUCGCUGAUUGCUUGGUUUUGUUCGGUGGUGGCUGUGAGGGAGGACGCCAUCUUGACGAUACAUGGAUAGCUUAUAUAGGGAAUGAGCUUCCCAGGACAUUAAGGUGGCAGAAGGUGGAGUCAGGAGUUCCGAGUGGGAGAUUUGGGCACACAUGUGUUGUUAUUGGUGGUUUUCUUGUUCUCUUUGGAGGGAUCAAUGACAGGGGGAUGCGUCAAAAUGAUACAUGGAUUGGCCAGAUAGACAACCUUCAUAUCUCACUCUCGUGGAGGCUGCUCAAUGUGCAAUCCCUUGCACCGACACCACGUGGGGCUCAUGCUGCCUGUUGCACUGAUCAAAGGAAGAUGGUUAUCCAGGGCGGAAUUGGGCUGAAUGGUCUCAGAUUGGGCGACACCUGGGUGUUGGAACUGUCCGAGAAUCUUUGUUUCGGAACAUGGCAUGAGCUUGUGAUUCAUCCAUCACCUGCGCCUCGUUCAGGGCAUUCAUUAACAUGCGUUGGAGGAAGUGGAUUAGUUUUAUUUGGUGGUAGAGGAUCGGGAUAUGAGGUGCUUGGUGAUGUGUGGUUGUUGAAAAUGUGUGAGAAUCAGUUGAAGUGGGUAGAGAUGAUGUAUGAAAUGCAAAACAUACCUGAAGGAAUCUCCCUUCCUCGAGUUGGUCACUCAGCUGCGCUUAUUCUGGGGGGCCGUAUCUUAAUUUAUGGAGGUGAAGAUUCAGGCAGACAUAAAAAGGAUGACUUUUGGGUGUUAGAUAUGAGUUCAAUCAUAUCGAAUCAGAUGAAGCCGGCAAAUAUGUGGAAAUGUCUCAAGGCAAAGGGUUAUAAACCUGAGUGCAGGUCGUUCCACCAGGCGUGCGCAGACAUUUCAGGGCGUCACAUGUUUGUGUUUGGUGGAAUGGUUAAUGCGGAAGCUGGCGGGUUGAGGUUUGACGGGGACCUGUUUCUACUACAGCUUCAGACUCUGCUAUGAAUGAAUAGAUGCUGGGAGCUAAUAAUGUUCAACAUCAAAUACUGUCGUUGGAAAGAUGUACAUAAUGGAACGAAGCCAGAUAAGGAACUUGUAUUUGAACCAACUCCAUGUACAAAAGGGUCUUUGGGACUCCUACUUAAACUAUGAUACUCAACUGCCUACUUUGCAAAUCUAGAUUUUUAUAGAAUUUAAUCAUAUAUUUUUCUCCA